AUGUCGAACCCCAACGGAAAUAAUUUAAAUGAAGGCAUGAACACUACGUCGACAUCGCCGUUUUCUACCGAUAGGGUGUUUACAUCUCGUGAUGAGUUGAUGGAAUGGGUGCAAAACAUUGCAUUCUCUUUUGGUUAUGUCAUCGUGAUGAGAAGAUCAAAGGCAAAAAAUGGCGUGGUGUCUUAUAUAACCCUUAUUUGUGACCGUGGUCGGGAAUACGAAAUCAAAGCAACAAUUAAAAAUUCCGGAACCAAAAAAAUCAAUUGUAACUUUCAAUUGGUAGGUUCGUAUAUCAAACAAUAUGGCGGUUGGACCCUCAGGGUGAUAUGUGAUCAACAUAACCAUUCACCUGCACAAUAUAUGGAGGGACAUGCUUUUGCUAGGCGGUUAAAAGAACACGAGAAACAAUUGGUAGUUGACUUGACAAAUCUGAAUGUUACACCACAUGACAUACUCUCGAUAAUAAAGGAGCGCGACGAGAAUAAUGUUUCUACACUAAAAACCAUAUACAAUGAGCGUCUCAAGCUUCGCUCGUCUCGGAAUUACGGAAAAACUCCAAUGCAGGUUCUAAUGGAAAUUUUGAACGAGAAACAUUUUGUUACGGAUUUCUCGGUAAACAGUAUAUCAAAUGAAUUGGAGAAUCUUUUCUUCAUUCAUCCACGGUCGUUGAAUAUAUGGAAGGCAUUUCCACAUGUUUUGAUUAUAGAUGCAACAUACAAGACCAACAAAUAUGGUAUGCCUUUUGUUCAGAUUGUUGGCACAACUUCAACCAACAAGACAUUUAGCAUAGCUUUUGCCUUUAUCGUUAAUGAAAAGGAGGAGAACUAUAAUUGGGUGUUAACGUGUCUAAAGUCAACACUAGAGAAGUGCAUGCACCCAUGUGUUAUAGUCACAGACAGGGAAUUGGCACUGAUGAACGCAUGUCAACAAGUUUUCCCCGGUGCCACUCGGUUACUUUGUAGAUGGCACAUUACUGAAAAUAUUAGAAAUCGUUGGAGGAGAACAUUCAAGAUAGACGAUGAGUGGAAAGCCUUUCGUAUAAUGUGGACUGUACUUGUUGACUCUUCAACAUGGAUAGUGUACAAUGAAAACUACAAAACACUCCAAUCGAUGUUAAGAAAUUAUCAAGAUGUUUUAAAUUAUCUGGAUGAAGUUUGGUUAAACAAAUAUAAGGAAAUGUUUGUCUCAGUCUGGAUCGAUCAACAUCUCAACUUUGGACAACGAACUACAAAUAGAGUUGAGAGCGCACAUUCAAAUCUAAAGAAAUACUUGGAUGGUACAAAUUCUUCUCUUGAUAAAUUUAUCGGUUGUCUUGAUCAAUUUGUGAGGUCUCAACUUUCAUCGAUACACGAUAGUCUUGAAAAGAGUAGAAUUGUUCGUAAACGGGAGCACAACUUGCCAUGUUUUACAUUAUUGUGGGGUUCAGUGUCACAUGAAGCUCUCGAUAAACUAGUUGGGGAACUUUAUCGGUUGAAUGAAAAUCAAAUUGACUCAUCAAACUGUGGUUGUGAGUAUAUUCCAUUAGAAUCCAUAGAUAUAUUCUGGAGAAAGCUUGAUUUAUCAGAGUCAAUUUCUGUAGCUAAUGAGGAUAUUUGUUUCAAAAGCAGGAAAAAAAGUAUGAUAAGGAGGCUAAGAGAUCUUUUCCUACCAAGUAAAACACGCAUUAAGGAACCCGCAAUUCAAAAAAAUACUCGUGGACGACCAAACUUGAAGAAACAACAACAAAAACGAGUUGAUUCUACAAAUCAAGCUCCCAGAAGACGUAGUUAUUCAACCACAUCAAAAUAUGAUGGAUUGAAUUCAACAUGGAUGAACAAGGAACCGGCAAGACAUAGUUCAUAUGUAACCGCAAUUCCAAACAUGAAUGAAGCAAUUCCAGAAUUUGAUGAAGCAAUUCCAGACAUGAAUGAAGCAAUUCCAGAAUUUGAUGAAGCAAUUCCAGACAUGAAUGAAGCAAUUCCAGACUUGAAUGAAGCAAUUCUAGACUUAAAUGAAUUUAUGGAUUUGAACCAAGAGCCUGAGUCAUGCUACAUUCAUCCAUUAAUGGAUGACAUUCCACCCGUGUUUCAUCCAUACGUCUCACAUAUACAAAAUGUUGAGGGUGAUGGACAUUAUGGAUUUCGAGCAAUAUAUGUUUGUCUCGGGUAUGGCGAAGAUCAAUGGCUCUAUGUUCGAAAACAACUAGUACACGAGUUAGAGAGUGCAUUCGAUGUAUAUGCUACGGUUUUCACAGAUGGAAUCCAUGAAUUGUGGAAUUCAUUGUAUUUCUUUGGACCGAGUGCACCAACAGAACAUUGGAUGCUUAUGCCUGAAACAGGUAUCCUGAUUGCUAACAGGUUUGGUGUGAUCCUUACUUUCUUAACCAAUCGUGGUUCCUUAACUUUCUUUCCUCUUUGGAAAGGCCCGGAAGAAUUUUUGGCCCAUCGGAUUAUUACAAUUUCACUUAUACGUGGUCCUCAUUAUGUUAUGGUACAAUUAAAAGAAGAUUGUCCGAUGCCUACCAUUUCGGCUUUAUGGAUCCGUCACAGAGCCCCGUGUGCAGCUGGAUGGGAAAAUAUGUUUAUGUCACGUCUGCAAAUUUAUAGACAACUGAAACCUUGUAAUCGUGAUUUUAUAACUAUAGAGGAUUGUUAA